AAUCAGCCCUGGGGAGUUGCAGUGAAUGAACGAGAUGAAAUAGCAGUGACUGAUAGGUUAAACCAUAGAGUGCAGUUAUUCAAAAGUGAUGGAACCUUCCUAAGGUCUUUUGGUAGAAAGGGCGAUUCAAACGGAAAAUUUAACGAGCCUUGUGGAAUUGCUUUUCAUAAUGAUAACAUUGUAGUAGUAGAUCGUAACAAUCACCGAGUUCAAGUUUUUAGCGCGCAGGGCGAGUUUCUGUGCCAGUUUGGCGGCGAAGGAAAUCUUGAUCAUCAACUUCAACUUCCACUUGGUUUAUCGACAGACGGUAAAGGCAAUAUUAUUGUCGCUGAUCCACGUAACAAAUCUAUCAAGAUAUUUUCUCCUUGGGGCCAGUUGCUUCGUAAAAUUGAUGAAGCGGGCUCUCUCGUGUUUCCUUUUCACUGCUUUCAAUAUGACAAGUUUCUUUUAGUGUCAGACCGCGGCAUAGUAAGUGAGACUUUCCAUGAAGAAGUAGAUCCCUCUAUAAAGGUCUUCAAUAAGAGGGGAGGGUUCCUGUUUCAGUUUGGUAAAAGGGGUAAUAGGGAUGGAGAGUUCGUCGCUCCUGCAUGCUUAUCCGUAAGCAAAUCAGGACAUUUAAUAGUCUGUGAUACGGAAAACGACAGAGUACAGGUGUUUGAAAUGAGUGGAAGAUUUAUAACUAAAUUUGGAAAUCGAGGAAAAGGAGAGUUUGAUGGACCGAUUUCUGCAGCAGUCCUCAGCGAUGGUAAGAUUGUUGUAUCCGACCUAUACAACCACCGCAUUCACAUAAUCGAAUGAUGAUAGUGGUUUUUGAUCCCCGGGGUAUACUUCUUUAUAAGAGGCUAAUGGGGAUGUGCCGCUGGAUGGGGUCGCAUUUUCCAGAGUUACUAGAAUGGGGUCGCUAAUUUUCGGAUUUUUUGGCGUGGGAAAGUUCUUCAUAUUUACGGUUAGUAAACGUACCAGAAUGUUUGUACUGUGGGUGAAAAGUAAAGUGUUCUUCAUUCAGUUUAAAAAAUGGGUCAAUUCAUAAAAGUAGAAAGUGACUAAGUUGGGAUCGCGAAAAUUACAUAGUUGCCCAAAAGUGACUAAGAUGGGGUCUAUAAUUGGUCACAGAAUAAAGUAUAAUGGGGUAGGGGCUCUGAGAGGCCAGCGGCACAUACCCAGCAAAAAUUUAGCCAAGUACCUCCCCCCCGGGGUUUUGAUUGUAUGGAUGUUGAAUAUAAGAAAAAACGUCUUGCUCCUCCAGCAUACGUUAACCUCCGACAAGAGACCAUAGUAUGAUCUCUUGCCUCCGAGUAUGCCGGGGAAUCAAGGAUUUGUUCAAAAAGAUGGAAAGAUAGUUUAGUUUGCUUAUCUUGGACUCUCCCACAACAGCUCAUGGCUUUUUCAAGAGAAAAACAUAUUGUUUACUUCAAGAACGGUUUGCUUCUACUCGUAUUAAAUGGUAGACGUUAUUUCCGUAACUGGCCGGAGUAUUCAAUCAAUUAAAAUCGAUAGCAAUCAAGUGAUUUUUAUCGACUGAUAACUCGAUAAACGAAACAAGUGUGUCAUCGAUUUCUACUGAUUGAUCGAUACAUUUGAUAUCAAUCAAAUCAGAUUUACCGAUUUUUAUCGAUUUAUCAAGUGAUAAAUCGGUACCGAUCUUUAUCGAUUGACUACUCCGGGGUAACUGUAAAUAAAGAGUAAAUGCUAAUAAUUUGUCAAUUGCGCUCAAGUGUGGUUAAGAUAUAAUUGUAGCCUUUUCAUGCCCUGGGCGCCCAUGCAUGCAUGUCGACAACUUACCAAGAAGACCGUAAUUUAACUUUAUCGAAAAAAUAACUCUACCUCUGGUAAAAUUUCCUUGAAGGUUGAACUGCCAUUAAUUUUCUUUUACAAUUAGCAUAUUAUGGAGAGUUCAGUAUUUAUAGACUUGAUAGUUUGGGGGGAUCAGUGGGGGGGGGGGGGGGCAAAAAAUAUUUGGGGGCCGCCUUUGGGGGUUAAUUACAGUUUUAAACGCAAAGACAACAUGAGCCUCCGCCCCAAAAAAACUCCACUAUUUAAAAAAAAAAGUAGAUUUAAAAAGGAAAAAAAAUUAAUUUUUUUUUAUAUUUAUAUUUUUAUAUGUGUUUGUAUAAUGUUUGUGUUUAGUUUUUUUUUGUUUGUUGGUUGGGGUUGGGUUGGAGUGGAGGGGGGUGUGGGGGGGGUGGGGGGGGGGGGGGGGGGGGGGGGGGGGGGUAAAAAAGUUUGCGGUGCGUCUUGUAGGGUUCAUUACAGUUUCAAAACCGUGAAUGACCUGAACGCCCGCUUCAAAAUAACACCUCUUAUCUAAUAAACGAAUAAGCUUAAAACGGCAAAAGCAUUCAAUUCAUUCAGUUUCUUACUUGACUAACAAGGCUUUGCGUUUUCCAUCUUGUUCAAUGUCAAAGUAACGAUACACUAACGAUGGCAACACAAUGACCCUGAGCGAGGAUUCUGACAUCUCGAUUUUGGGAUUUGAAGGGGGAUUUGGAUCUCUAGACGGCCCUGAGACGUAUCAAUUGAUGGAGUGGAUUUCCGCUAUUUUUAAACUUUCUUGAUAUUUUCGCCGAAAGCAUAUUAGUUUUGUUGAGCUUGUCACAGUUAUGAGAAUAAACGUGUCUAUCUUUUAAAUGCCUCCUAUGUAUUAAACGCCCCUUGAACCCCUGAAAUUAAAUAGAAGCCCGAGCUGCCGGGCCUUUAUUAGCCUGAAUUUCAUCCGAUUACUUCGAGUCCUUAUUACUCUGAGGGAGUAAUAACGACUCGAAGUAAUCGGAUGAAAUUCAGGCUAGGCGUUUAUUAGCUAAACCAUUUACGGUUGUUGUGAUGGGUGGGAUCAUAAAAGUUUUCUCAUUUUGGCCAAGAUGUCGUGGCAGCUAAUUAAAAAACGUAAUUUAUUUAUAACGGUUUAUCGGAACUCCAUCAAAGACCCUUUUAAUGUAUAGUCACCAUGGCUUGAGCGUCUUAAUUGUUUUAAGUACAUUUUCAGAUCUUGUAGUUAACCUUUCUUCACCGCCAGUCCGCAAAAUCUAUAGACAAUGUAGAGCUCAUAGAUUCUAGGCUGCAUAAAACCUUUCUAGGAGGAUCGAGAGUGUAACCUGUUGAAGCCAUGUCAAUUAUCAUUUGCAGUAUGAAAUGGGGUUAUUGUCAUCGUUUUCCUCGCGAACCCUUGCGUAGUAUGUUGUUCAAUCCUCGACAAUAAUUCAACUUAAACUCCCAACAUUUAACACGAUCACUCGUUCUUGAAAAUUGAGCGCGCAGCAUUCUACUUAGGCUGCAUUCAUUAUGUAUACCGCAGGGGGGACAAGGGACAAGGGGUGGGGGGUUACCAAAAUUUUUGACAGACAAAGGGGGGGGGAUUGCUAAUUUUUUUCUCCACUUAUUAAAAUAGGAAGUAUUAUUUUGUGGAUUUUUUGUAAAAGAAGAGCAUCCUAAUUACUCUAUGCUUGAAGAAAAUUUGCUAGCUUAUUUUCUUUAUCCCCGGAAUACACUCUUUACAGGACUUUCAUUAUUGAUAAAAAAGCCAAGUGUUUUUAUUGUAAAGCUAAUAUUGCUUUUAAGUCAACAAGAACUACAAAACUUCAAUAAAAGUUCAAUCUUUCUUUAACUGGAAAAAAGCCAAUAUCUCUGUGUUUAGCAGUAGCCACUGAAACCAAGACAAAUGAAUGGACUGAAACAGAGCUCCAACUCCAACUAACAUGGAAGCCAUUGAAAGUAUUAUUAGUAUUCCAAUGCAAACAAGUUAAUAUUGGCAUGCCUUAAAGUGCUUGGUGGCUCAGAUAGCAUACACAACUUGAAAAAUGUGUCAUCAGUUUUUGACGAAUGUUAUUAAACUGUACAAAUUUAGUGCUUGAAAACACAUUACAACAUUCUGUGUCAAGGCAUGUUCUAAACUUCAUCAUUGUUACCAAAAUUCUCAGUAUCCUCUUCACUUCCACUACCAUCAUCAUUAUCAUCAUUAGCAGCAUUAACAACAUCAUCGUUCCCACCAUCAUCAUCAACAACAACAACAACACUUUGCUUCUCUAAAUUAUGAACAGCACAAUGUACAUGUUCAAGAGCAUCCCCACCAAAGACAGUGAGUUCCCUCAGUUGCCGAAAUGCUUUGAGAUGAAAUUUGGGCCUCAAAAAGUGAUCAGAAGUGCUUGUACCUUUAUAUCCUCUUCUUUGCAUAUUUUUGUUUUCGCUUGUUACAUGUACUCGUCCAUCUUUGUUGAAAAUCGAGCUCUGAGGCUAAGAUGCCUUUUCUUUGUCCACUAUUAACUUGUUUUAAUUAAUAUCUCUUUGCAUCUGUUGUACAACCUCUUGUCCCACUGUUUCUUAGUUUUUCUUUUGUCUUCUUUCUUUCUUCUUUUAAUACACGCAUUUUCUUUAGAUGAUUGUCGAUCCAGGCUGUACUAACACAAGAUAUGAAUAUUUUAUCAUAAAUCGCCUUGCACUUGCACCCAGCAGCAGAAUUUGGGCCUCAAAAAGUGAUCAGAAGUGCUUGUACCUUUAUAUCCUCUUCUUUGCAUAUUUUUGUUUUCGCUUGUCACAUGUACUCGUCCAUCUUUGUUGAAAAUCAAGCUCUGAAGCUGAGAUGCCUUUUCUUUGUCCACUAUUAACUUGUUUAAUAUCUCUUUGCAUCUGUUGUACAACCUCUUGUCCGACUGUUUCUUAGUGUUUCUUUUGUUUUCUUUCUUUCUUCUUUUGAUACGUGCAUUUUCUUUAGAUGAUUGUCGAUCCAGGCUGUACUAACACAAGAUAUGAAUGGUUUAUUAUAAAUCGCCUUGCACACCCAGCAGCACUUUUAACUGCUCUUGUAGUUUUCCCAAUGAAUUAGUAGUAAGGUAUCGAUGUUCUUCCCCGUACCCUUUUUUUAAUACUGGAAAUGUUGUUGGCAUCUAUCAGCCUUUCCGGACGUUGUUUCAGCUCUGUAUCAAGCUUCUCAGCAUCCCUAACACUAUCCUCUAAUCUUUUACGCAAGGAAGCACAGACGUUCCGGUCAUUCCGCUUUUUUGCCAUGU